CAGCGACAUAGCCAUUACACUAACUGCUGGUUCCCCAGUUCUGCUAUUUCUCAGCAAAGGCUGGAGUGUGUAUCACAUGCCUUCUCCCGUCGUCCCAUCCUCUCCCUGCCUGAGAUUUGACCUGGUGAAUCUGUGUUCUCUUUAUUGUUGCUGUCUCUGGAGUUCCUGGGAGGGUGUGAGGCUGGAGACCCUUUCCUUUUUCUUGUUGAACUUCAGUUCCAGAACUUCAGAGCUGACUGACUGACACAAGCCUGAUAGAGUGGGGUGGCGAGUGUGAGUGUGAGGAGCAAGAGCUAAAAUGUGGAGGAUUCUGAGGCCAAAUGUGGAAAUGGGCUGCUGACCCCAAGCCCCCAGAGGAGGCCGAGUCAGCUGGGGAUUCAGAGCACUCACUUAGUCCUUGCUCCAUCCAGUAUUGUAACAAUCCAGGGGAAUCUCAAACUUUCUAAUUUGCAAAAGGCUCCCUCACUUCUGUUUCUCAAGCUCCCAAGUUUCCAUGGUUGGAAGGAGGGGGCUUAUUGACCCUCCUCUCCCCCAAGAGAAACCAGAAAGGUGCCUGGAGCCAUUUUAACCUGUUAAUCCACCUGCCAUCUGCCAGAAACAUGCACGUUCCUCAUGGGAAAAGAGAUGUGGCCAGUGUAGGAAAAUCCUGCUCGCAUGUGGAGGAGAUGCAACCAAUAAGCCAAGAAUGUGGGGACAGUUACAGCUGUGCCUUUUCCCUGCUUCUCUUCCCGGAGAAGCUGGAGGGUGGGGAAUUCCUAAGGAUGGGCCUGAAGGGGCUUGGCCCCUGGGGGACCAGGAAGUGGUGGGAAUACUAAGGACUGACUCUAGCUUGGUCGGUCACUUAAUCCAUACCAAAUAGUCUUUCUCAGGGAGAGACCUUCAGGUUGCUGGACUAGCCCAGAAGAAACGGACAGACCUCUCCCCUCAGGGUCAUUGCAUCAUGAGACCCAGGGGAGCAGGGAAGUUAGUCCCAGCCCCGCCUACUGUUCCUGGGUGCUAAUCCCCAGGACCGACCACUCAGAAGGGAUUGGUUGAAAAGCUUGGAGAGGGGGCGUCCUCACCACCUCACUCAAUGGUUAAAUAGAAGUUCACACAACAGGCAAGAUGCUCUGGAGAAGCGCUCUCUUCCACGUGCUCUCUGGACCGGACCAGGACCAUGACCCAGACCCUCAAGUUUGCCUCCAGAGUGUUGCAUCGCGUCCUCUGGGCUCCUGAGCUGGGUGCCUCCCUGGGCUCCAGCUCCGACUCAGCGCCCCGCAGUUUGGCAGACAUCCCAGGCCCCUCUACGCCUAGCUUCCUGGCCGAGCUUUUCUGCAACGGGGGACUGUCGAGGCUACACGAACUGCAGGUGCAGGGCGCCGCGCGCUUCGGGCCUGUGUGGCUCGCCAACUUCGGGACGGUGCGCACAGUGUACGUGGCCGCCCCUGCACUCGUCGAGCAGCUGCUGCGACAGGAGGGCCCCCUGCCCGAACGUUGCAGCUUUUCGCCCUGGACCGAGCACCGUCGCCGCUGCCAGCGGGCUUGCGGACUCCUUACAGCAGAAGGAGAAGAGUGGCAGAGGCUCCGCAGUCUCCUGGCCCCUCUCCUCCUCCGUCCUCAAGCGGCCGCCGCCUAUGCCGGGACCCUGGAUAACGUGGUCCGUGACCUUGUGCAGAGGCUGAGACGGCAGCGGGGACAUGGCAGUGGGCCUCCCGCCCUAGUUCGGGACGUGGCGGGAGAGUUUUACAAGUUCGGACUAGAAGGCAUAGCCGCGGUGCUGUUGGGCUCACGGCUGGGCUGCCUGGAGGCCGAAGUGCCGCCAGACACAGAGACCUUCAUCCGCGCAGUGGGGUCGGUGUUCGUGUCCACGCUGUUGACUAUGGCGAUGCCCAACUGGCUGCACCGCCUUGUGCCCGGACCCUGGAGCCGUCUUUGCCGAGACUGGGACCAGAUGUUUGCAUUUGCCCAGCAGCACGUGGAACAAAGAAAGGCCGAGACAGUCAUGAGGAACAAGGGAACGCCUGAGGGGGACACAGAGUCCAGGGCGCACCUGACCUACUUCCUGUUCCGGGAGGAGUUGUCUGUCCAGUCUAUCCUGGGGAAUGUGACAGAGCUGCUACUGGCUGGAGUGGACACGGUGUCCAACACACUCUCCUGGGCUCUGUAUGAGCUUUCCCGGCACCCCGAAGUCCAGACAGCUCUCCACUCAGAGAUCACAGCUGCCCUGGGCCCUGGCUCCUGUGGGCACCCAACAGCCACUAUGUCCCAGCUGCCCCUGCUGAAGGCCGUGAUCAAAGAAGUGCUAAGACUGUACCCUGUGGUUCCUGGAAAUUCUCGUGUCCCAGACAAAGACAUUCAUGUGGGUGACUUUAUAAUCCCCAAAAAUACGCUGGUCACUCUGUGCCACUAUGCCACUUCAAGGGACCCUGCCCAGUUCCCAGAGCCAGAUUCGUUUCGUCCGGCUCGCUGGCUGGGAGAGGAUCCAGCUCCCCACCCAUUUGCAUCUCUUCCCUUUGGCUUUGGCAAGCGCAGUUGCAUGGGUAGACGCCUGGCAGAGCUUGAGCUGCAAAUGGCUUUGGCUCAGAUCUUGAUCAAUUUUGAGAUCCAACCUGAGCCAGGUGCUGCUCCAAUCAGACCCAUGACCCGGACUGUCCUGGUACCUGAGAGAAACAUCAACCUACAGUUUGUGGACAGAUAGUCCUAUGGAAGGACACUGGCAUCAUCACCAAUUCUCUCAUCGGAGGGACUUCUGAGGCAUAAAACCAAGAAAUAUGUCUUCCUCCCUGAGGCCUGUCUGAGCAAACUGGACAGAAAGACCCAGGCAAAGUGCUGGAGGCAGCUCUAAGGUGUGAAGUAUGUGCUUGACCUGACUCAGUAGGCCCCCAGAAAACCAUGGUUCCUCAAUCUGCCUGGCCCUUCUCCUGAUUAUCUAUGCAUCCUUAAAGGAUCAGUCAGAUUUGAAGUAAUCACGCUGGUUGGCCUGAGGAAGCAUCUAACUGUUCCUUUUGGUGCUUUUGCAGUGUUCAUUGAUGCUGCUGGCUAAGCAUUUACUAUGGCCUCAGCUGUUACAGUGCGUCUGUUCUGCACCUGGCUAGUCCUCUCCCUUCGAGAGGAAGGAUGAGGGUCUACUUGGUCUUUAUAUCACCUUCCAGGGCCUGGCCCUGCCUAGGUGACACCAUUUACAUUCUCAGAUUGAAUGGGGACCUUGUGGCAGUAGAGAUAAGCAGCUUACUAGGCCCUUUCCUUUUUCAUCUUGCCCUUAGGAGGGUGAACCUGCCCUAACCUAGUUUAUUGGUUUGUUUGUUUUUGUUUGUUUGUUGUUUUGUUUUUGCCACAGGGCAUGUGUGCU